GGACACAACAGCGUCGGGCAGCAAUCGGCUUUGUUGUUCAAAAUGGCGUAUACAGACGACUCGCUAUAAAGAGUGUAGGAAAUAUAUUUUCAAUCAAUUUUCAAGCUUUAAGCCCGUGAGAUCUUUGGCUGAGUAGAACCUCUCAAUCCAAUGAUGAUUGUGUCAGUCAUGGCAGGUCCUGGACUUUGGGUGUUGUGAUACAGCAGUGCCUACCAUUAUGGAAGAUUCUUCUUCACCGCAACUGCAGGAUGGAGGAGAAUUGGGACAAAUGGCCUCAGCAACCCCACCUUCAGACCAGUUACUACAAACUGAGUGUGAAGCUUUGGAUCCAUUGGUAUCCUGUCCUGAAGACACGUCAGAACAGGGGUCACAAUUGCCGAAAGAUCCACUCCAGCAAUGGUCAACACUGCCUCUCCAAACACCAGUUACAGGUGUUAUCCCUCCUGCCCCAUCACUGCAACCUGAUCCCUUGUCAUUAACUGAAAUUUCUUGCUGUCAGUCAGAUGGCAUUACUACACCAGAUAUAGAAAAGACACCGGCUAUACAUGAAGAUGCAAAAAUUUUGAUUCCAGCUCCUUUAGAACAGGCUUUGGGAAAGGCACCAAGCCCAUUAGGGCUGCAAGCAACUUUGACAUUGAGUCCUUCUUUGAAACCAGCAGAUGUCUCCGAAUUUCAACUCGAAAAUCCUGCUGUUGUUCAGUCAACUUCAGAAAAGCAAUCAGAUAGACUUUCAGCCUCAACAGAGAAGUUAACAACAAUUACUGAAGACACAAAUGUGAAAUCAACAAAUCUCAUUCCAUCUUUGACUGAAAAGUCACCAGCUGAGAAAUCAUCAGGGGCAGUUGAUGCCAGAACUGAGGAGGCCAGCAUUACUGUUGCAACUUCUGAAAAGAAUAGUGAAAAUGCAGAUUGUAGUGGUGUUUUGUCAUCUGCAGGUAGAGUUUUUGAAGACAAAUCCACAACUUUGGUUCCAACCCCAAUUGAGAAGGCACAAGUUGUAACAGAAUCUACUGAAAAGUUGAAGUCAGAGAUUGCAUCAUCCUCAGAAAAGGCAUUAUUAGAUUGUGUAAACCAGUUGCAAAAAUCAUCUGAAGUUCCAGUUACUUCACCUCAGUCAUGUUUGUCAUUAGAUGCUGCUCAAGUUCAAGAGCCUCAGUUGUUAAAACCAUCCUCGUGUGCCUCUGAAGGUGGUAUAUUAUCAUUUUUAGAUGCAGGAAAACAGCCAGCAUCACUGCCUAUCACAUCACCAGAUCAGUCAUCACCGGUGCCUACUGUAAUAACAGAUCAGACAUCAUCACCUCAUCCUUCAUCUAAGAAUUCUUCACCACCAUCUUCUGUUACUCCUGUUGAGAAAGUAGGGUUACCAUAUUCUACUUCGGGCCAGGAUUCAUCUCUUCAGUUUGAUUCAUCUGGUGUACUUUCCAAAGAGGAUGGAUUACCUCAAGGUGGUUCAAUCUCAAGUAGCAGCCAGGAUGUCCGUGUGUGUUCCAGUGUUGAAAGUGGAAACCAGGAUCAUCUUAACGAUGCAGUGGAUGGUUGUGAAUCUAAUAAACGAACAGACUCUACUUUAAACAUUGGGCUUGAGGGUGAAGGGUUUUCUUGUGGUAACAGAAUCUUGGAUGAUUCUUCAGAAGUGGUAAACAGUGAGCAAGAAAUGCAAAUUGAUGAACCAGAUGACUGUUGGAAUGAUGUGGAUUCUUCUCGUGAAGCAGCAAUGGAAACUAUGCCCUUAAUUGUUGAUACUCACACAUUAAGACAAGAUGAUGUUGAUCAGGGACAUUCAACUGUUAAUUCAAACAGUGAAGUGAAUAGUAAUUUUGUGUGUCCGUCAGUAUUACCCACUCCACAAACUGGUGUGUCAAAUGUUAACACUGUGCCAUUAUUGGAAUCGGAGCCUCUCCAGCCAGUAACUAUUGGCAGUAGUUUACAGCCUUUACAAGAAGUUCAAGAAGCCUCUGUGCUGGAUGAUCCGUCCUUUGCAGCUGAACUAACAUUAAUGGACAGUAGUGCUGAUGAAGCAGACAGUAUUGGGGGUUUAGUGAUCAACAGUGUAAUUGGUGCAGCUGAUGGAGUAGUUGAUUUCCAUCCUGAUGAGGAUAUGGAAACAGACAGAGAGCUGACUGAUAUUAGUGCUUCUGCACCACAGAUAGUGGGAGGGGCUUGUGAUAAUGAUUCUAGUGAUGAAACAGGACCCAGUGCCAAGAGAAUGAGAUUUGAAAAUGGAAUUGGUGAUUUAGAUGAUAAAUUACAGGGUGCAAAGAAAGUUGUUUUUAAAGUUACGCCAGUGAAGAGUGGAGAUGAGCUGUGGGAUUCUCAUAAACUUCAUCAAGUUUUGUUAACGAAUGGCACCAUUUUGUUGCGGCUCCAUGCAUCAGCAGACAGUGUAGACAUGUUUGAACCAGAUAGCAAUGACAAAGAAAAUGAAAAGGUUGACUUUACAGGUAUAUUGUGCGAGGCCAAAGAGGAAGACCAUGACCAUAUUCUUGGCCUUGCUAACCUAGAACCUGAUGCUGAUGUGUAUGAUCCUCUUGCAAUAGGUUCAACUCAUGCUGCUGAUCACACAUCUCCCCCACAUUAUAUUCGGCCGUUCCCUCACUCCAGGGGUCGUUCUACAGCACUUCAACCGGCCAUGUCAAGACCAGGAUUCAGACAUCUACAGUCACCUCCUCAUCCGCAUUACUACAUGAAGCACGAGGUCUUGGGUCUUCCACCACCACUUGAAUUUGAAGAACCACAAUUGGGAUCAACUGAUUGGUCAGGGAAGGAAUACUACGCUGGACUACUGCUACAGAGGAAGGCUCCCACACCCUCCCAAUAUCCUGCCAUGCCCCCAGCACCACCACCACCUCCCAGGGGACGCAAGAGGGGCCGCCCUCCCCUGGCCAGUCGAAGGGGAUUACCUCCCUACGCUCCAAGAGGCAGCCCCUCUAAGGCCCGGUCACAAGGAAAGCGUCAUCCUGAGCCCAUCAAGUUUCGGCCCCCUACUCCACCUCAUCACCUGUUUCUUUCAUCUUUGUUCAGACUUAGCAAGUCUGUAAACUUUAUAAAAAAUGAUAUAAAGAAAACCGUCAAAAUUGGCGGAGAUUCCACAAAACGUGAUGUUUUCUCCCCGGGUGAGGGAAAGAAAGGGGCAAAUUCAGGGAAACAGAAUGAGGGGGCUUGGGAGGAUGACGACAUAAUUGUAACUGAAUCUCAACCACACUUCAUAAAGCAUGAGAGUGAAGGACAGUGUACCCGGAACACUGACACAACCGUAAAAAGAUAUCUAAUUAAACUACCCUGUGAUUUUUGUGAUCUUGUAUUUAGGAAAAGAGCUUCUCUCCUUGCUCAUAUGAAACAUAAACACAGGGGCUUGCAACAGUGCCCUAUUUGUAAAGAGAAACUUAAAGUGAAAAACAAGUAUGGCAUGAGAUUCCACAUUCUCAAGAAUCACAAAGAUCAGCCUCACUUUCACUGUAAGAAGUGUGGGGAAUCUUUCAAAUUACAACACCACUUGACAAACCAUGAGCGACUGAAACAUGAGCUUAUGGAUAGUGAUGAUGAUGAGGAGGAAAAGAAAAGAGUAGAGGAGCUUGAGAAGGAAAUAGAAAAGCAGACUAUUGAGAAGGAAGAGGAGGAGAAGAGAGAAAAUGAAAGGUUAGAGAGAAGAGAACAAAUAGAAAGAGAAAGAAUAGAGAAAGAAAGGAAGGAGAAGGAACUAAAAGAAAAGGAACAGAAGGAGAAAGAAAGGAGAGCAAAGGAAGAAGAACUGAAAAAGAAAAAGAACGAGAGAGAAAAGUCGAAAGGGGAACAAAAGAAAUUGACCAAAGAUAAUGACGAAGACCACAAACAGGUGUUGGAGAAGAGUACAAAUGGAAGAGGAAAAACAAAAACUGCAGCAGGUAGCGUUUCAGUGAGUAAAAGUGGAAAUGUUAAAAGUGUGAAAAAUGUCUCUCAAGGGAAAGUAAUGAACGUGAGACCACCAGCCAAGGUAGCAGUGACUCGAGGAACUGCCUGGCCACCGAGACCUUCUACACGAGUCACACGUAGUAAGCCACAAGUACAGUGCGAGGAAAGUGAAGAAGAGACAAAAAGCGAAAGUGAAACUGAGGAUGAGGAGGAAGGUGUGGAUGUUGAUGAAACCUCUACUUCUUCCUCAGAGUCAGAAGUAGAGGAAGAGAAGCAGUUUCCCUGUGAUAUUUGUGAUUUGAGCUUUAGUCACUUGGUCAAGCUCAAACAUCAUCAAAAAGAUGAACAUUCCAGAGCCACAAGGUCAAAAGUGGCAGCUAAAGCCCAAGAGGAACAUAAAGAGGAGGAUGAAGAACAGGAGGAGGAAGAAGAGGAGGAAGAAGAAGAAGAAGAAGAGGAGGAGGAGGAGGAGGAGGAUGAUGAUGAUGAUGAUGAUGAGGAGGAUGAUAGUGAUGAUGAUGAGGAAGAGGAGCUGAGGAAAGAGAGAGAAAGGAAAGAAAAAGAGAGAAGAGAGAAAGAGGAAGCUCUUACUUGCAGAGUUUGCAACAAGCUUUGUCGUAGUGAAUAUCAACUAAAGCUGCAUUUGCCAGCGCACACUACCACAAGAAAAGGCCAGGUUGUGAAGAAAUCAUCACCAAGUAAGACUACAGUAGAUAAUGCAGAAGAGCAAGCAGGAAAGAAACCUCGCACUCCAACAGACAAAAUGAGCAGUGAAACAGUGAGGGUCCUUCGCAGUAAUCCACAAGGAUCCGGGAAAGGAGCAGGUGGAGAGAAUUUUGAGAAGAGUAAGGAACAGUCAACAAAAGGAAAACAGGAGUCUGUGAAAAAAGAAAUAAACGAAACAGUUACAAAGGAAAAACAAGCAUCAGUUGCAAAGGAAAAAUAUCAACAUCCAUCGAAAGACAAGGUUGAAAAAAAUGAACGACCGUCUUAUCUGUUAAAAGUGGGUUCUUUAUUUAGAUGUACAAAGUGCAAUAUCACCUUCAAUAGGGAGAAGUCUAUGACUUAUCACAUGAAGAAGAUUCAUGAAACUUUAUAUCCAUUUAGAGGUUGUGAACAUUGUGGCAAAAUAUUUCGAAGUUGUGGCCCAUACAACAGACAUGUUCUCAUUCACAAGGUUCAUCGAUGUCCAGAAUCAAACUGUAAGGCCAAAUAUCGCAAGAUGCUGAGAUUAAAACAACAUCAAAAGAAUGCACAUACAAACAAACCAUAUAGAUGUCUAAGGUGUGUUUCUCUCUUUGCCAAAAAAUCUGAACUUGAGAAGCACCUGAAUGUGAAACACCCAAAGGUACCCAGUGAUGAUGAAGAUGAAGGUUCUGAAGAAGAGGAGGAGGAAGAGGAGGAGGAGGAGGAGGAGGAAGAAGAGGAAGGGGAGGAAGAAGAACAGAAAAAGGAAGAAGAUAGUGAUGAUGAAAGUAAAACAAAAGAGGAAGAGGACAAAAAUGAUGAUGAUGAGGAGGAGGGGGAAGAGGAAGAGGAGGAGGGGGAGGAAGUUAACACUCCAACCAAAAGGAGAGCGAGAUGUGUUCCUAUAUCUUACAAAGAACCUGAAGAUGAGGAUGACUUGAUACCUCUGAAAAAAGGUGCAGAUAAAAGAAGGUUUAAUGAUAGGAGAGAUAAUAGUUGUGAACAGAAAAGUGGUAGUGAUAGAAGUGUAAGUGUGGAAGUUGAAAGUCUUGAUACAGAAAAAAGGAAAAGAUUAAACAGUGAAAUUGAGGAAAGUGUAGUUGAUGAAAUUGUGAAAAAAAAUGAUAAAGGCAAUGAACAAAGGGUAGAAAAAAAUCUAAAAAACAAAUUGAAUGACAGUACAUCUCAUUCUGGUGAUAAUUCAGCUGAUGAGACUGUUUCAGCAGUAGAAACAGCAACACAGAAUGUGAAACAAGAAAAGAAAGUGGUAAAUAAGCGUGCAUCACCGCCUAACAAGAAAAAUAAAGUUAAUCUCAGUUGGACUGCCGCAUUAAAAGCACAGAUACAAGCAGCAAAGUCAGGAUCCAAAAAUACUUCCAAAGAAAAAAAGGGAAAGAACAAUUCAGCUAAAGUGAGACGAAGACCCAGCACUGGAUCUAGUGGACAGACUACAGUGCAGGGUGCUGAGUUAACAUAUGGGCCUCAGCACCUAAAUUUACCCCAGGAGUCUCUGUCAUACCCAGGGUACUUGGUUGGUGAGGACUCUAUGUUUAGCUUGGAUGACAGUUCACAGAUGGAUAUUAUGGGUGACUAUUACGGUGCACAGUAUCCUCCCAGUGAAGAGAUAAGUGACUUUGUACCUGAUGAUGAUGAAAGUGGACCUGCAAAAAUAAUAGGCUUUGAUUCAUUUUAAUUGAGAUUUGCAUAGUCUUUUGAUCAGAUGAUACCUCAUGACAUUAGUAAAGAGACUUGUAUAGUGCAAUAUUAAUUCUUGUACAUAAACCUUAGGUAGGUUAUCAGUAACCAUUUGUGUUAUGUAAUAAGUAUUUCUUCCUGUGAAAUGAACACUUCAGAACAUGCCAAGUCGUGAAUGGGUUUGUAUUGUUUUUAUAAUAUAUAUGUAAAUAUAUUUUGAAGUGCUUCUGAAAAAUAAUUUUGUGAUGUAUAAUAUAUAUUGUAUUUAAAUAUUUGAAUGACAUUAAGCUAUUUUAGUUUAUUACUUUUAUGUUUCUUUCAAAGAAUUAUUUAUAUUUGUAGUUCAUAUUGUCCCCACAUGAAAUGAAUGUCUUCAGGAUAUUAAUACUGAUGACAGACAGUGUUUAACAAAACAAGUAGAACUUGUGUACUGUGUACCAUGAAUGUACAAGACCUGUACUGCUGCUUAUCGAAAUAUGGAUUACAAAUUUUACAAAUUUA